AUGUUUGGUAAUGGUAACUGUGAUGUUGAUAAUGAGAAAACCAUUAUCACUUCUAGCAAAUGGACACAGAGUGAUAUAGAUGAUCAUAAUAAGGUUUCAAUGGCUUCUUCAACUGGUGGUAAUAGGGUUAUGGAAAAACCAGGUCAAGAGCUUCUUCAACAACAACAACAAGCUUUAAGAUGUCCACGUUGUGAUUCAUCCAACACCAAAUUCUGUUACUACAAUAACUACAGCUUAACACAACCAAGACACUUCUGCAAAGCCUGUAAAAGAUACUGGACAAGAGGUGGAACACUCAGAAAUGUUCCUGUUGGUGGUGGUUGCAGAAAAAACAAACGUCUUAAACGACCAACAUACUCUUGUUCCAACAACAACAACAUUGAUUCUUCUGCUUCUCCUUCUUCUUCUUCAAAUCCUUCUAGUGUUGUUGCUAAUCCAAACCCUCCUUCUCAAUCUCAACAACAACAACAACAACAACAUCAACAACAUAGUUUUGAUAUUGCUGCUACCUCAAACCAUAUCAAUACUAUGCUUUAUGGUGGUAAUACUAAUAACUCUUGUCAUGAUGUUAUGAAUUUUCCUUUUUCAACAAGGUUUAAUUCUACCACUAGAGUUUCAAAUCCUGCUUCUGCUUCUGCUUCUGGUUAUGAUAAUCUUCACCAGAAUGGUCUUGGAUUAGGUUUUUCAUCUGGGAUAUUAAUGUCUGCUGUUGGAGGAGAAGUUAAUCUUAAUCAUCAUCAUCGUCAUCAUCAUCAUCAAGAAGAUGAGGGUAGUUACAGAAAUGGGUUUAGUACUUCAAAUAAUAACAAUUACAGUUCCAUCUUUGGUUCUUCUUCUACUUCAACUACUCCUGUUAUGGCUUCUCUACUUAGCUCUACACUACUGCAACAGAAGUUCAUGAGUACUGUUGGUGGAACAAAAGGUGGUGAUGGUGGUGGCGAUCCUUUUCAUCAUCAUGAGAUGGAUUCAAAAGAAGUGAAACUAGGUGAAGGGCUACAAAAUAGGUUGGAUCAGUGGAAUAUGAAUAACCUGAAUGGUAAUGGUGGUGCUGCUUUUCAAAACCAGAUGGAGAAUAUGGGUUUGUCUGAUAAUAAUUCUUCUCUUUAUUGGAAUAAUAAUCACAACAACAGCAACAACAGCAACAACAACACAGCAGCAACAGCAACAGCAACAGGUUUGGGAAGUGUUUGGAGUACUGAUCAACCUGGUUCUAAUUCAGUUUCAUCUCUGAUCUAG